CACCACGUAUGAAUUUCGUCUUCAACUUCGUUCCUCCUUCGAACAUCUGCCACCAAAGAAGAUAAGAUGAGAAGAUACCACGCCUCUGUUUGCAUAUGUAAUCAAUUUUCUUUCACAGCAGCGGCAGAGGAUACAAUAAAGAGUGGUAUCAUCAUUCUGUUCUGCACAAUCUAUUCUCUUUUGAAGUGAUCUGAAAGAUGAAGACCUCAGUAGCGAUUGCGUUGCUUUUUCCAUGCUCCGUCGUGUCAUUGGUUCCCCUGCUCGACGGAGGAAAGCAAAUGCCCAAGUUGUAUGACGGUUGGCUCAAUGAUCAGAUUGCCAAACAGGCUAGCACCGGUAUUUCAAACGCUCUUUCGGCUGGCUACGACAAAAUUGAGGUCAACUUUCCUGCCGUUCCAAAUGUGGAUGAGGUCAAGUUUGGUACUCCCCUCAACAAGAAAUUUGGAACCAGUGUGGUAGCCCGUGAUUUGGGCGUGGUGGGUGGGUACACCCCGGGAUCUGAAGUUUCUCGUGAAUUGGUGGCCUUUGCCAACAUUUACUGGGCCAAAAAGAUUGCUCCUGCCGUCAAGGGGGGUGUCUUGGGUGGCAAAAAUGUGGCUUGUUUGACCACGGAAAAUGUCUCCUUUAAGGCCAUCAAAAAGACGGGAGACGUCACCCGUACGGGCGCCGUCCUGUCGCCUCAGGCCCGUCAAGGAGGACGCAGCAACGAAGCCGUUAUUUGUGUCAACCCGGGCGGAGAAGAACGAUGGGAUUCCAUUGCCAAUGCUCAUUGUGAGCCCGGACAGCCCUUUGUCGUAUUGAACAAUGCCUACUCCACAAGCUAUGAUUUGGGAAACAAACGUGGCUAUGAGGAAGCCUACUAUUUGAAGAGAAUCUCCAAGGGAUGGGUCUUUCGCAUCUUUCCUGGUCCUUGGCAAGCCUACAUUGAACGUCCUGAUGGCAGCGUGGAACUGUUGGAAACCUACAAGGAAAAACCACCUCUGAACCAAGUGGCUACCCUUGUCAGAGACACUUCUUUCAAAAGAUAUGCAAUCAACAAUGACCGAUACGCCAAGGGAUUUGGAGCGCGUUUGUAAAUACCGUACGUACAGCAAUAGAAGCAAUGAUGCUUGAAGUGGCGCCUUUGGCACUCUUUCGCAAAGUCCUGCCUAGCUGUAGCCUAAUCUUGGACGUGCUGCCAUGAUGGCGCUGUCCUCCAAAGCUAAUGAACCUUAGGAAGUUUUGAUGUUUUGAUGUCCUG